UGCAUUUCAUGGUGCAUGCCACGGACCCGGGGAUGAUUUUCCAGCAUGCGAUCGUCGAUCGUAUGUCCAUUCGUGCAGAUGGUCAGCUCCACACGGAUGUCCUGCUGCACCAUGAUCUCCGCGGGCGCAACCACGAGUGGGUUCACAACUUUAUAGAACGCAGCGUGGAGAUGAUGAAAAGAAACCGCGGGCAGAUGCAAGACACCUGGUCUAGCAACUGCGCGGCGCCAGUCUUCACCAACGUCGCCACGGCGCCACCGCCGAGCAACCAUGCGCGCAUGGAGCAGCUCGAGGCUAUUUUGAAUAACAUAAUUUCAGCCCCUGCUUCAACAUCUGCUGCUCAGCCAACGGUCACGCCGCAGGAACAACAAACCACCAAUGCUCCAGGGGUAGCGGAAGCAGCAGCCACUCAAGCUACAGUCACGCCGCAAGAGCAAGAAAACACUAGCGACGGUCCAAGGGUAGAGGAAACCGCAGCCCUUGAAGCUUCUGUGGCGGCAGUCACGGCGCCACAGGAACAAGGAGAAAACACCGAUUCUCUAGGGGUUGCGGAAGCUGCUGAGCCUGCAGUCAUGGCGCCGCAGGAACAAGCAGAAACCACCGAUGCUCCAGGCCGGGUAGCUGAUGAAACAGCAGUACCUGAAGCUGCUCAGCGCGGUCAAGAAAACGCCGAUGCUCCUGCAGAAGCAGCAGGUCCUCAAGCUGUUCAGCCUGCAGUCUCACAGAGGGAGGAAAACAGGGAUGCUGGAGCCGUAUUUGCUCCGUUUAACUGGGAAGGAUUCCAACCAGAAAUACUCGAGUCUUCUCUUGUUCCACCAUAUGAUCCAGAGUCCGGUACCAAUGUGUUGUUGUACCCAAGCCUGGUGGAGCAACUACGCCAGAACGAACUCGAGAGGAAGGAGCGCAAGAGGCUUUCCAAAAUGCCGGUUCUGGAUACAACGACGUACCUGGAAAUGAGUGAUGAAGAUUGCGCUAAUGAACCGAAGCUUGGAUCAUUAGCAUCGUUCAGACGUCUUUGCCAAAGAGACGCUACAUAUCGGCUAUAUUCGCGCAGGGUCAAUUGUAUCAAGAGAAAGAUCACGAAACUCCAGCAAACUGCAGCUAGAGUUGGCGCGAGGGGGCUGUUCGCAAUUAAGCAGAAGAUGGAAACGUACAAGCAUGAGAAGGCAGCACUUUAUGACAUGAUCAACAAAGCAAUACAGGAGAAUGAGAGGGGCGGCAACAACGGUGCUGGUCCUUCCAAUGAAGCUGGUACAUCGAACGAUGCUGCCGAUCCUUCCAACACUGCCAUUCCUUCUUCGGACAACGGUGCUGAUACAUCAAACGAUGCUGCUAUUCCUUCUUCGGACAGUGCUGGUACAUCAAACGAUGCUACCGGUCUUUCCGACACAGCCAUUCCUUCCUCCGCCAGUGCUGGUACAUCGUCAAACGAUGGUGAUGCCGGUCCUUCCAACACCGCCAUUCCUUCUUCCGACGGUGCUGGUAUAUCAAACGAUGGUGAUGCCGGUCCUUCCAAGUCCAACACUGCCAUUGUUCCCUCUUCUAACUGUGCUGGUCCUUCUGGCAGCAAGUAGAGAGAGCCGGUGACUGAAUGGUGCAGUGAGAGAUUGAAUCAUCAGCGCAUUGCAUAUCGUAUGUAGUACUUUAUUUAUUUGGAUUUAUAUGUCGUCGCCUGUGUGUAAUAAUAUUGAUCAGGAACUCCUAAUUGAUUGGUCAUCGUUUGACCAGUUUAGGGGAAACUGGAACAUGGCUUUCUUGCAUGGUUCAAAAAUAAUAUUAUCAUGAUGAGACAUGAGAAGACAUUAUAUCUAA